AUGUCAUUACAAUUAUUGAACCCGAAGGCAGAAUCUUUAAGAAGAGAUGCCGCAUUGAAAGUCAACAUCACUUCAGCAGAAGGUUUACAAUCUGUCCUUGAAACCAAUUUGGGCCCCAAGGGAACAUUGAAAAUGUUAGUAGACGGUGCAGGAAAUAUUAAAUUGACCAAAGAUGGGAAAGUUCUAUUGACAGAAAUGCAAAUUCAAUCUCCAACUGCUGUACUUAUUGCACGUGCUGCGGCUGCACAAGAUGAAAUUACAGGUGAUGGUACCACUACAGUGGUUUGUCUUGUUGGUGAAUUGUUAAGACAAGCUUAUCGUUUCAUUCAAGAAGGUGUACAUCCAAGAAUCAUUACUGAUGGAUUUGAAAUCGCUAGAAAGGAAGCUUUGAAAUUCUUGGAUGAAUUCAAGAUCGAUAAGAAGGGAGAAGAUGGAGCAAUUGAUAGAGAAUUCCUAUUACAAGUGGCAAGAUCAUCUUUAUCUACUAAAGUUAAUAAUGAAUUAACCGAGGUGUUGGGUCCUAUCGUGACAGAUGCAGUAUUGAAUGUGUCACAUUCAAACGAUAAUAAUAGUAACGCAAUGGAUUUACAUAUGGUGGAAAUCAUGCAAAUGCAACACUUAUCUCCUAAAGAUACAUUAUUUAUCAAGGGUUUAGUCCUAGAUCAUGGUGGAAGACAUCCAGAUAUGCCAAUAAGAGUCGAGAACGCCCACGUUUUGAUUUUAAAUGUCUCCUUGGAAUACGAAAAAACUGAAGUUAAUUCUGGGUUUUAUUAUAGUUCAGCUGAUCAAAGAGAUAAACUAGCCGCAAGUGAAAGAAAAUUCGUUGAUGAAAAAUUGAAGAAAAUUAUUGAUUUGAAAAAUGAAGUUUGUGGUCUAGAUUCAAAUAAAGGUUUCGUAAUCAUUAAUCAAAAAGGUAUUGAUCCAAUGUCUCUUGAUGUAUUGGCCAAACAUAACAUUUUGGCGCUAAGGAGGGCUAAAAGACGUAAUAUGGAAAGAUUACAAUUAGUUACUGGUGGUGAAGCACAAAAUUCCGUAGAAGAUUUAUCUCCAUCCAUCCUAGGGUAUUCGGGUUUAAUUUAUACUGAAACUAUUGGUGAAGAAAAAUUUACUUAUGUCACUGAGAAUAAAGAUCCAAAAUCUUGUACAAUUUUAAUAAAAGGUUCGACACAUUAUGCAUUAAAUCAAACUAAAGACGCAAUAAGAGAUGGAUUAAGAGCAGUAGCAAACGUUAUAAAGGAUAAUACUGUGGUCCCAGGUGCAGGUGCAUAUUUUAUCGCUGCAGCAAACCAUUUGAAAAAAUCAAAUAUGACUAAAUUGGGUGCCAAGGGUAAAACAAAAACAGGUAUCGAAGCAUUUGCUGAAGCUUUGUUAGUAGUUCCAAAGACAUUAGUGAAAAACUCAGGUUAUGAUGCCCUAGAUGUUCUUGCCCUAUGUGAAGAUGAAUUAGAAGAUGCACAAGAUGGUGGUGACAACGAACGUAGAUAUGUAGGUGUAGAUUUGAAUAUUGGUGAUUCAUGUGAUCCUACCAUUGAAGGUAUUUGGGAUUCAUAUCGUGUAUUAAGAAACGCUAUCAGUGGAGCCACUGGUAUUGCUAGUAAUCUAUUGUUAUGUGAUGAACUACUUAGAGCUGGUAGAUCCACUUUGAAAGAAGGUGCUCCACAAUAG